AUGGAGCCUCCUGUCCCAGGACCUCUGAACUUCAGCAUCGCAUCGCGUAGCUCAAGUUCUUCCCCCAACAACUUUGCCCCGAUCGACUUUACGUCGUUCACCACGGAUUAUCAACCGCAAACAUGGCUUCCCUCGCCCCCGCAACCACAGCCCUUGGCUUCCAAUCAGAACAACAACAGCAACAGUGUACACGAGGACUUUGUGCUCUAUCCCUCCCCUCACCCGCAGCCCCGCGCGCGUGUGCCAGUGAAAGCAACCCAUAGACCAUCUGCACUCCAGCCAUUUUUGGCGCAGAACAACCCCCGACGACACUCCUUCAGUCUGCAGUUGCAACGUCAUCUCCAGCAGCAGUACUCUAGCUCUGAUCCUAGAGUCACCCAGCUUGCCCGGUCCCCCUCUUAUUGGUCCCACCCCACGCUCAAGCACUCCCGCCAACACACGGCUUCUGUGCCUUCCACCUCUCCAAACACCAACCCUAAUCGCCCUCCUAUCCCGCUUUUCAACGGUCAACAAAACCAUCUAAACACGCAACCAACACGUCGUGUCAUGUCAACUCCCAACUUCACCAUGGAAGCUGGUCUCUUUGAUCUGAACGCAGACAUGUCUACCACUGGUUUCCCCGCCAGCAUGGACUCGCCCCUCGCCUUCGGCGCUCUGGAUGAGGCCGGACCUGUCCCCACCGGACCCCCAGGCACUAUCUCGCCCCGGGAUCUGAUGAUGGACACGUCCGUGCCCCCCUCCGGCACCUUCACUGAUCUGAGCACUCCCUCCUUCGAAUCGCCCGGCACCUUCAGCCAGAACGCGUCGCCCAUGUUCGAAGAACGGGACGUGCUCACGAGCGACAACUGGCCCUCUCUCUUCGAAGGCGUUCCCGAUCUGAACGCCUUCGACAUGGCCAACUUCGACAACCUCGACAACCUCGAUGUCGCCGCUGCCCUGCACCAUGAGCCCAAGAAGCCUGACCUCAAGGUCCAGACUGCCCCGCGCCUCCCUCUCAAGCGCCCCGCUUCUAUGGCCUCGUCUCCCGCCCCCGCCACCGCCGGCACCAAGCGUCCCGCUUCAUCCAUGGCCUCGUCCCCCGUCCCCGCGACCGGCGGCACCAAGCACUCCACCAUCUCUGGUGUGAAUGCCCGCGCCCGCAAGAGCCUGUCGCCCGUGGACUUCGAUCCCAACGACCCUGUCGCCGCCAAGCGCGCUCGUAACACCGAGGCGGCGCGCAAGUCCCGUGCCAAGAAGAUGGAGCGCCAGGCCGAUUCGGAGCGUCGCAUUGAAGAACUCAACGACAUCAUUGCUGCUCGUGAUGCUGAGAUCGCCAACCUCAAGGCUCAGCUUCAGAUCCAAAACAGCUAUCAGUGA